CUUUGGAGGCGUUCUUGGCCUUCGAAGUACUCCGGGUUUGCGUCGCUUCGGUUCCUUCCGGGAGCUUCCUUUACAGACGGCGGCAACGAUAACGGGCGCGCCUGCGCACUCUCCGUCCGCUUUCGACGUUAGCCCGCGGGGUCGCCUCCUGGCAGGAAGCCAGUUCCAAAUGCCCUGCAAUGGAUGAAGACAGUCAGGAUGAACUCAUAAACAAGAAUGCUGCAGUAGGCAAGGUUAAAAGAACAAACGUGCUGCUCUUUAGUGAUGCAGAAAGCAGUGAUGAAAAUAGCGGAGACUCAGAUGACACAGGGAGUGAGGAUGAAGAUGAUACUGAUGAAGAUGGAGGUGAAGAGAAUGAAGAAAGUGAAGAUGAAGAUCUAGAAGAUACUGAAGAAGAAGAGGAAGAAGAUGAAAUGGAAAUGGCUUCUGAGCAACCAGCAUAUUCUGUUAAAACAAAGCCACAGCUUAAUGGAGGAAGUAAUUCUUCUUCUGAUGAAGAUGCUGAAAACUGCCCAAUAUGCCUCAACUCAUUCAGAGAUCAGGCAGUUGGAACACCUGAGAAUUGUGCCCAUUAUUUCUGCUUGGAUUGUAUAGUUGAAUGGUCUAAAAAUGCCAACUCUUGUCCAGUGGAUCGGAUCAUUUUUAAAUCUAUCUGUGUUCGUGUGCGCUUUGAUGGAGAAAUUUUGAAGAAAAUUCCUGUUGAGAAUACAAAAUCUCAGGAAGACGAUCUGGAGGAAGAUCCCACCUUUUGUGAAGUGUGUGGUCGAAGUGACAGAGAAGAUCGUUUGCUUCUUUGUGAUGGCUGUGAUGCAGGUUACCAUAUGGAAUGCCUUAAUCCACCUUUAAACGAGGUACCUGUAGAUGAAUGGUUCUGUCCACCAUGUGCACCUGCAAAUGCUAUGCCUGUUGAUGCUGAAACAGGUCAGGUGAGUGAAGAGGAGGUUGCUUCCCUUGUAGCUGAUGUCAUUCCUACCACUAGUCGACUGCGUCCCAGUGUCCGAACACGGGCUAUAGCUAGAACACGCCAAAGUGAACGUGUGCGGGCAACGGUGAACCGAAAUCGGAUAACAACUGCACAGAGAAUUCAGCAUGUACCAAGGUACCUUAUGUCUUCCUUUCUUGAUGAAACAAUUGAGGCAGUUGCAGCCGGGCUGAGCACAGCUGUAUACCAGAGACCAUUAACUCCUCGGACCACAACCAGGAAAAAACGAAAAGGAGGGAGGAGAAAAAAAGCCACCAGUAAAAAAAUUCGUUCAAAAUCAUCUGCUGGGAAAAAAGGUACUGGAACUUGGAUUAAGAGACGCAAGCGUCGGACAAAGAGGAGAAAGGGAAAAAAAACCCAGGUUAAAACUGAGGUGACUGCUCGUUCCCGAAUAGCAAAAACCCUUCGGCUUGGCAAACCUAUACAUGGUACUUCAAUCCCUUCCAUAUGCAAGCCAAUAGAACCAUCACUUGGCCUUAUGAGAGCUGAUAUUGGAGCUGCCUCCCUCUCUGUCUUUGGGGAUCCUUUUGAGCUAGAUCCAUACAACAGCGAUGAAGAGCUUCCUGUUGUUAAUUCAACCUCACCAGUGAGCACCAAAAGAAGAGGUCUUUCCCAAUCAGCGCUUAGAUCACAUCGCCCUGUUGCUAGGCCAGUGGCUGUUGGGCUCCCUGGGAGGGGUGUUCCUGCCUUGGUAUCUGAGCCAGAAGCUGAGCCAGCCCCUGUGCCUGACUUGUUGGGGAGCAUCCUGACCGGACAGAGCCUCCUUAUGAUGAGUGGUUCUGAUGUUGUUAUUAAUAGAGAUGGAUCCUUAACAGCAAAGAAAGCAGUCCCAUUACUGCAUGGCAGUUCAAAAGCAGAGGAGGUUUUAGAGGACAAUUCCCAGUCAAGGACACCAGUUUCGGGGACCUUAAUUACAAACUCUGGCACUGAUCUUUCCAACUCCAAAAGUGCCAUCUCAAAGACUUGCUUGUCAUCUCCAUUGUCACUAAGUGUAACAAACAGAACAGUGGAUCCUCCGUGUGCUACAUUUGGAAGGGCACCAAUUCGAUUUGAUUACUCCAUGACCCCAAGAUCUGUUCAGACUCAGAAUUUAGCAAAUCUGAAUAGAAUCGGCAGCAAACUAGGUGAUUCAUCCAAAUUUAAUGGGGGGUCUAAGCUAUCUGUGGCCCCUCUUUCUCCACCUUCUAAACUGUACAACAACUCCAGUACCAUUUCAAAAACAAUUUAUGUCAAGAAGCCUUUGAAAUCAUCUCCUAAAAGACCUGAUAUCUCUGAACUUCCAAGAAUACCAAAAAUUAAAAAGGAAACAAACAGUGGAUAUCUACAAUCUGCCAGUGACCGAAAUAAUAACAUUCCCAACUCCUGUAUAACACAGUUGACUGGCAAAGGGAACACAAACCAGCCAAUCAAAAGCAACAAAAUGGAAAACAGCAAGCCACAUGCUACUCAGCAACAAACACACGCAGCAGGAGUCACUUCUUCUGCAAACGUUACUCAUGGCAGUUCCUCGCUUUCUUCAGCAAGGGGAAAAGUUGGAAGUUCCUCCUUUGAAAGCUUUAAAAUCAACAUCCCUGGAAAUAUGGGGCAUUCCAACAGACUGUCUAAUCCCGGAUUUUGCAAUACUUUUCGACCAGUGGACAAUAAAGUGCAACAGAAAGACCCUUCACCCCUUUUUUCACUAAAAAAAGCGAAACCUGUCAAAAGUGAAAUAUAUGAUCCAUUUGAUCCCACAGGCUCAGAUUCAAGUUCAACACAUAGUAGCCCUGAAAGAUUACCGCUCACUAAUAUUACCAGAACAAUAUCCAUAGCAAGUCCAAAACUUCAGACGUUCCAAACAGUGCGCCGCAUUACUCCUUACCCACUGGAAAAUAUCUUUGGAUCUGAGGUUGAGUUGUUGGAUGCACCAUCAGGUAACACAGAAUCUCAUAAUGAUAUGGUAAUAAAGGAGAGAUUUGUAGAACAGGUCUCUGAUGCAGAACAAGAUAAAGUUGAUGAUAAGGAAUUCUCAAGUAUACCCUGUACCUCCUCAGCUAUUAAGCAAGUUACUGAUGCAGAACAUUUAAAUGACAAUGAUAAAGAUAGCCCUGGGAUAGUUUUUGAAGAUGAUCGGGAUACAGUUAGGAUAGAAAAGGAAUUAGGUAGUCCCUUAAUAGAAAAAGAGCAGCCAAACAUUCUUAAAAGUGAGCAAGCAAGAAAGCGAUCUUUUUCAAGAUCCCCAUCAAAUUCCAGUUGUCAGAGCCAGAGAGAAAUUAAACUUAAAAAGACAGAUACAAAAGAAUGCAAGCAUACUAAAUCAAGAUCUAGGUCAAGGACACGUUCAAGGGAUAGAAGUUCCAGAUCAACUUCCCACUCGGUUGAGAAAAAGUAUAGCAAAAGCCAUGGAAUUAAAACAAAAACUCGACAGUCAUCGAGUGACUGUUCCAGUAGCCACGAGCGAUCAAAAAAAAAGAAAGCAAAAAGUAAAACUAAAGACAAAAAAAUAAGUUUCUGGCCAAAAGAGCAUAAGAGAUCUAGAUCACAAUCUGGUAGUCCUGGCAACUCUUCUUUUGAGUUAUAUGGAAGCAGGAAAAAGAAAAAGCACUCUACCUCUAGAGCAAGAGAUCAAGAAUGUUCCCGAUCAAACAGUGCUGAGAGAACUAAAAAAAAGAAACACAGAAGAGAGAGAAGCUAUGAUAGGUGUGAGAAGGAGAGGACUUCAAGAUCAAGAGAUAGAAAAAGAUCUCGAUCUCGGGAGAAGCAUAAAAGGCAAUCAAGAUCACCUCCUGUAUUAAAACCCCAUGAAUCAAAAGGAUCUAAAUCUAAGGAAAAGCCACUACAAUCCCAAUCAUGCUCCAAAGAAAGGAAACAAAAGCCAAAAGAGAUGUCUCCACUACCUCUUCAAGAAAAAGAGCUCAGAUCUUUGGAUGACGAAAUCAGCAAUUCUUUUGAGCAUUCUCUUUCUCGGGUGCAAGUGUUGGAAAACACAGAGCAAGAAACGAUGAAUAUUCAUUGUGAUCUAAUCCCUGUACAAGACAUUUCUUCAAAAGAUAACAUAAUUAAAGUUGCAUUUGAAGAUUCUACUAGAGUGGAUGAUGAUAAGUUAGGUAAUGAAAUACUUCAUUCCCAGCUGGAUUGCACAGAUUCUGAAGCACUACCUGAUUAUAUAGAUUCUUCCAUUGAGAAUGAAUUAAUAGUAGACUAUGAUUCAUCAGGACUUGAUAACCAAAGCAGUGAGAGACAGCAGGAAAUUGAAAUUAAACAAGAUGACAACGAUGUAUGCCCUUUCUUAACAGAUUCUCUUCUAGAAAAAGAAGAAUAUACACCAAGUUGUGAUGAGGCAAGCCUAACUCAAACUUUGCCUGAAAGCAAAAUGCCCAUAUUGUCAAAAGACGUGGACCCUGUAUCAGUUGAAACUACAGUUGAUAUAAAUAAGGCUGAACUGGAAGCGGUAGUUCAGAGUCCUGUGUUGAAAUCUAAAGCAUUAGUGAAAAGAGUUACGUGGAAUCUUCAAGAAGAAGAAAGUGACAUGGUGACCAUAGAUAAAACAGCAAGGACGCCAUUCUGUAAACAGCAGAGACUGAAAGAAGGGGUCUGGAAAGCCGAGGAUUUGACCCAAACGUUAAAUCAGGUGCAGUUAACUGAGCCUCCUCCAACCAAUUAUAUGAUUCCUGAGCCUAUGUUUCCUGAUCUAGAUUCCUCUCAGGUCUACAACCAGAACCUGCCUUUGACAGCACCACUUCCUUCAGCUCUCCCCCCUUAUGCGCCUGUCAGUCAGCCCACUGUUCAGUUCAUCAUACAGGGGAAUCUUCCUCUGCUUACCUGCAUGGCAGGGCAGGGGUUAAUUCCGGAACCCGGCAAUUUGGCCACAGCUUCAGAACCAAGUAUUCAGGCCGCUGCCACAGGAGAUGCAGAGGAAAAAGUCAAGGCAUCUAAGUCUCCAGUGGAUAAAACAAAAAAUGAAGAGUACAUGAAGAAACUUCACAUGCAAGAGAGAGCGGUGGAAGAAGUGAAACUUGCAAUUAAGCCCUUUUACCAGAAGAGGGAGAUCACAAAGGAGGAAUACAAGGAUAUUCUUCGGAAAGCUGUGCAAAAGAUCUGUCAUAGCAAAAGCGGUGAAAUCAACCCUGUGAAGGUGGCUAAUCUUGUGAAAGCUUAUGUGGAGAAAUACAAACAUAUCAGGAAACACAAAAAAGACCAAUGCUGAAGAAGAGCUUCAUGACUAAACCAAGAAACGAGAAGUGCUUGUGGAAGACGCAGGAAGUUGGCUAGAUGAUGACGUUUUUCUUCCCUUCGAGGGAGGCAGGAAUAUACCAUUGCAUGUUGCAAUCCCUUCUCUUCCCCACCCCUGAAAACUGGAUGCAGAAGACCUUCCUGCAGCUAGACACAUUUUCACAUAGGAGCACAUCUCCUUGGAGUUGACUGCUGAUUGAGAAACACUUGGGUCAGCAUAUUCCCCCUUAACCUCUGAAGAAACUCUGGGGAAAGGAAGUGUGCGUGUGUGUAUAUGGUGGGGGUGGCCUAAUUAUUUGUCAUGGUUUUACUUCAGCCUCCUUUUUUCUUUGGUCUGUGCACCUCUCCCCAGGGUUUAAAACACUUUUAUAUCCAGCAUACAACAGUGUAUGCUUCUCCCAUUGUGUUCUUAUUUAUGAAAAAUAUGGAUUCUUUUGUGAUUCUCAGAAAUUGGUUUCAUACUUGAACCGUGGUAUUUUUUUGGCUGUCCUAUGAAAGAAAUAUUGGACUUGUUCUGUCAAAUGGGACAUGCAGAUGUAUGUUAACCUUUAUAAAUUUUUUUCUGAAAAUCUUGCUAUAGAGGUGGUAAUUAUUUACGCUUUGUUACAAUGUCUCAAUGAGGAACUUCAUUUGGGAUCUCUGGGGCAGUGUGACAGUGAACUGAGUUGUGUGAUGCUUCAUGUGAAUAAUGUACUGAAGGCCGGUUCUGAGUCUAUUUUGCAUUCAACAAACUGCCUUUGAACAAGAGAGAUGGAGAAGAGCAGAGUUUGAAAAGCAAACCCAAGACUAUGUAUAAAGCAGAAAUCUUACAAUUUAUAAAAUUAUUUUGAAUUGUU